AUGUGUCUUGAGUCAGAAACUCAUGGCUUUACCACUGACACUAGCUCCAUUAUUAUACCGAAUAACACUGAUAAUGAAAAAACUCCUAUACCUGAGGAAUCGGUAAUUCGAGGUUAUACUUCAUCUUCAAGAGUAGAUACUGAGAUUAUUUCCAAGCGGGAAAAUAAUAGCAGAGCUAGUGCUAAAGCACAUAUGUCCUCGUUGAUUGAAUCGAAUCCCCAGAUUCCAAUAGGAGGAAUAGGAGUGGUCCCUGUUGUAGCAAUGACCCGCGGUAUAAUGGAACAGCAAUCUGCACAAGUACGGCUAAAUUUUUGGGAUGGCAAGAUUACAUUUUGGUUAUAUGAUUUGGGACAACAAG